CCCAAGUCUUCCGGUGACAGCUGAGCAACUUCCGGCUGCAGUAGCGCACGUGCCCGCCUGCAGUGCCAGUGUGAGGUUAUUGGAGUAAACGGCCAGGCGGAAUGGCAGCUUUGUGGAGGGGAUAUCAGAAGCUACUGGGCAAACAUCCAUGGAAGGUGCAGAUCAUAACAGCUGGGUCGCUGGUUGGUGUAGGAGAUGUGAUUUCACAGCAGCUAAUAGAGAGGAGGGGUCUCCAAGGUCACAAUGUGAAGAGGACCGUAAAGAUGAUGGGCAUUGGGUUCUGCUUUGUGGGACCUGUGGUCGGAGGUUGGUAUAAGAUCUUAGAUCGCCUGAUCCCGGGAAGCACAAAAUCUGUGGCACUUAAGAAAAUGCUUCUGGAUCAGGGUGGCUUCGCUCCAUGCUUCCUCGGCUGUUUUCUGAUGAUUGCUGGGGCACUGAAUGGUCUCUCUUAUGAUGACAACGUGUCCAAACUUAAGCGGGAUUACAAAGAUGCUUUAAUUGCUAAUUACUAUAUAUGGCCAGCUGUUCAGAUUGCCAAUUUCUAUUUCAUCCCAUUAUACCACAGGCUGGCUGUGGUGCAGUGUGUCGCUAUUGUCUGGAACUCGUACCUUUCUUGGAAAGCAAACAAAUUGUAAUCCAGUGUCUUUGAUUCUAUUCAAAUCGUGUACCUCAGAUCUAAUUUCUUUGAUCCAGCCUCCAUAAUCCUGUGCCUUGGAUUUAACCUCAUGGAUCAGUGAUAUUGCCUUUGGGAUCCUGUACCCCCAUCCUCCGUUCUGCCACAAUAAUGCUUUAUAUCCUAGCUUCUUGGUUACUAAUCCAAGGGCCUUAGGCAACAGCACAUGCAUUUUUAUAAAUUUUAAUGUUUUUUUGUUUUUUUCUUCAAAAGGGUUUCCAAAUUUAUUGAUGGCAACAUUGUGUUAUUACUUUGACAGGUGCAUAUAGUCCUGGGAGUCUGACACCGGUAGUUUUGAAGAGUUAUUAAAUAUUUUUGCUUUACUUAAAGAA